UUUUUGCGAUUUUUUGAUUUGCGAGGAUGGAAUGGGAUCGGGAAUUUUCGGUUUUUCGGUGCCCGUCUUUUUUUCUUUAGAGUUGCUCUCGGGAUCCCGCAACGGGAUUUUUUUCAAAAUUUUUAACGGGACAGGAUCCAGCGGGAUUAAUCCCGUAAACCUGUAAUCCCGUUCGUUGCUUAAAAUACGGGAUUUCGGGACAGGACUCGUAAAAUCCCGUUCGAUAUCCCGUCCUGUCCGCACUCUAAUCGGAAACUUUUUCAGGUUGCCAGUUGAGUCCACUAGUAUUUUACCCAAAUGGUACUUUUUAUUAGUUUCUUUCUCGGGCUGACCAAUUUUUAUUUUCUGUUUCCCGGUCCAGGCUCUGUCCUUUUGGUUGUAUUUUUUGCUACUAAUUUUAUUUUUUUAGGGUUAUAGGACUCGAUAUAAAUUUAUUUUUUAUUCAUUAUCUGGACAGAAUGUCAAUUAUUUUUCAUCGACGGCUACUUCAAAAUAAAUUGAUUUGCGCCUUAACGAGACGUUCAAUGAGCUUUGAUUUGUCUGAUCAGCAACGAGAAAUACAACAAAAUGCAUUGAAAUUUGCUAAAGAAGUUAUUUUACCAAAAGCAGCAGAGCACGAUAAAACAAUGGAAUUUCCUUGGGAGAUUAUAAAACAAGCACAUUCCCUUGGUCUAAUGAAUACUAUGAUUCCAGAGAAAUACGGUGGCCCGGGUUGUGGAAAUUUGGAAACAGCAUUGAUUAUAGAAGCAUUAGCUUAUGGAUGUUCUGCAAUUCAAUUAGCAAUAAUGGGUCCAUCCUUGGCAUUAGCUCCGCUUUUGUUGGCUGGGACUGAGGAACAAAAGAAAAAAUAUGCUGGAAUGUUGGCCGAAGAACCUUUGAUUGCGUCUUAUUGCGUCACAGAACCCGGUGCCGGUUCAGAUGUUAGCGGUGUUAAAACAACCUGUGACAAUUGGGUAAUUAAUGGUUCAAAGGCUUGGAUUACUGGUGGAGGGUAUGCAAAAUGGUUUUUUGUUUUGGCUCGAAGUGAUCCUGAUCCAAAGGCGGCAGCAGGAAAGGCUUUUACGGCAUUUAUUGUUGACGGUGAUUCCAAAGGAAUUUCUCGUGGAAAAAAGGAAUUGAAUGUUGGCCAGCGUUGUUCUGACACGAGAACUAUAACCUUUGAAGAUGUUCAAGUUCCAAAAGAAAAUGUUUUGGGGGCGCCUGGUGGUGGAUUUAAAGUGGCAAUGGGAGCAUUUGAUACAACGCGUCCUGGUGUUGCUGCAGGAGCUGUUGGUUUAGCUUGGCGUGCAUUGGAUGAGGCAUCCAAAUAUGCGUUGGAAAGAAAAACUUUUUCUGUGCCAAUUGCUAAUCAUCAAGGCGUUAGUUUUAUGCUUGCUGAUAUGGCAAUUAAUUUGGAAAUGGCUAGACUUGUUACUUAUCGAAGCGCCUUAGACGUUGACAACGGUGUCCGUUCAUCAUAUUAUGCUUCAAUAGCCAAAUGUUUUGCUGCUGAUACAGCUAUGCAAGGAGCAAUAAAUGCUGUACAGAUAUUUGGAGGUAAUGGCUACAAUACAGAAUAUCCUGUAGAAAAAUUAAUGAGAGAUGCUAAAAUAUAUCAGAUAUAUGAGGGGACGUCUCAAAUACAAAGACUUGUAGUUUCUCGUGAAUUGCUUCAACGUGUUGCUCAAACAGGAAGUGCUUCAAUUUGAGAAAAUGUGAAGGAAGCGAAGUUGUUUUUUUUGUGUUUGUAGAGGAUAAAGGGGAUGUGACGGGUUGUUAGAAAAAAUUUGGGCUUAAGGUUAGGUGUCCGGUUGGGAUUUUCAAAAUAUUUUUGUGAAACAGGUUUCGAGUUGGGAAAUGUCUGUAUUUCCGGUAACCCGUCUUAUCCCUGAUGUACUAUAACAAGAGGGUGUGCCAAAUUUUUGAUUUUAUACAUUGAAAAAUAAAAAUUAGUUUGAAGGACGAAAAGCGAAAAAUAGAAAAUACAAAAAGCGAAACACGAAAAUAGCGAAACUCGAAAACGGAGCAUCACAAAAGUGAAACUCCACAAAAUCGAAAAACCAAAAAGGGGAAAUAUGAUA